ACAUGCAGAAAAAAUCAGGAAACACUUUAAACGACGCGUAUUGUUGCGAGGCAAAUUAUUGUGUACGCAAAUUUACAUCGAACUUUGGCAGCUAUUAUGCGACCACCGAAAAAAAACAGCGGCGGUCAUCGUGGUGGAAAUCCUCCAAAGGCAACACAAAGGGACUCUGGGGAUGCCAGCCCCUCAUUCCAAUCGCCCGAUGAUGAAAAUGCUACCGACUACGGCUUGGAAUUUACCACAAGUCGUCUCAAUCUCCAAAACUCUAACAGUCGACGCACCUCCACGGUGCGCAAGGACGUAUCUGCUGCCCGUCGGACCCGACAGAAUAAGGAGACGUCUGGGGAAGAGAAUCGGCCACCAGAACCAGCAGACCGUCGCGCCGGACAGAGGCAGGAGUCGUCCUCUCAGGAAGACAAUCAAGCUCUGGAACUCAACACUUCAAAUCGCAGUCUCCGUUCUUUAAAUGCCCCACAGCCGCAGCGACCAAGAGCGAAUCCACAGACACAACACGCCCCUAGAGCUGUUUCGCACCGCCGGAAACAGACCAGCCCCGUCAGCCGUGUCGCCCUGAUGCAACAAGAGAUUCAACGUCUGCAGGCGACGCCCAAAUUGCUGAUACCCCGCCUUCCGUUCGCUCGCCUGGUGCGUCAAAUAAUCGUGAAUUUAACCGGCUCAUCUUCGGCCUUUAGGGUUACCCAGGGCUCCAUGGAGGCCUUGCAGACGGCAGCGGAAAUGUACACUACCCAAAGACUCCAAGACGCCUAUCUGCUCACUCUGCAUCGUGGUCGAGUGACGCUGGAGGUGCGCGAUAUGGCGCUAAUGGCAUUCCUAUGCAGCCAUUGUCCAUAUAACUAAUCACAUGCUAAAUAUGCUAAGCUCUUGUAAAACAAAUGAAUUGUGUUAUUUUAUUCUAUUAUUAUUUUAUAUUCGAUUUAACUUGCCAAAUAUGCUAAGCUCUUGUAAAACCAAUGAAUAUAAAACAAAUGAAUUGUGUUAUUUUAUUCUAUUAUUAUUCUAUAUUCGAUUUAACUAAUCACAUGCUAAAUAUGCUAAGCUCUUGUUUAAUAAAACAAAUGAGUUGUGUUCUUUUAUUA